GUGGCAAAGACUCUAGGCAAGCCUGAUUCUUACGUAGCCAUUCAGAUCAAUGACAACCAGAGCAUGAUGUGGGGAGGUUCGGAUGAGCCUUGCGCGCUUUGCCAGUUGGCAUCUCUCGGAAGCAUCAAUGGAAAGAACAACAAGGCUGUCAGCAAGGAAGUUUGCAAUCUUCUGCAAGAGGAACCUUUUGGAAUUCGUUCAAACCGAGUCUACAUCGAAUUCCGCGACGUUCCUCGUGAGAACAUGGGAUAUGAUGGUUCUACCUUCUAA